UCCUGUCUUGUUAAAUUGUUUAUAUGUUUAAAAACACUGGGAUAUAAAUAAUGAGCUGAGUUGUUUUGCCAAAGUGAAAUGUUAAUUAUAGGUUAUUGAUAAGGUGAUCAAUUCUCCCAUCAGUGACGCACUCCUGUCGGAUUCAUGCGUCACUGAAGGACAGGCGCUCAUUUCUCUGCCCGCCCCUACGACACUUUUCAGCUGGGGAAGGAGGGACAUGGAGGGAGACGGGUCGGUGCGCCGGGGAUGCUGCGUCCGGAGAGUGCGCAUGCUGCUCCGAAUACACACACACACACUCACACACACACAUUCAGAUACAACACAACACACGCAGCGGGAUCAUAAACCACAAACAUCAACAUGCAGGAGGCGCGUGAUGCGUGACAGCUGUCUGUCCUGACUGCCCGGGUCCACGGCGGGGGACUGACGGCACCGUGACGAGGCGUGCGCUGUCCGCGGUACCGACGGGUCCGUCCUGCUGCAGGCUCCGGUCCAUUAAUCGAUCCUGCCGGGGCAGUCUGGUGGUUUGGACCGGUGCUUAUCACUUCUGUGAGUUUCUGGUGCCACCCUUGCUGUUCACCUUGGAUUAAAAAAAAACGCAAAGGUUGAUGGAUUGCCAGUCACAGAAAGACAUCAGCACAGACCCUUGUGGUCCUAAAGUGCAGCCCAGUCCCAGACCGAGUCCAGCUUCACGGCCUGCAGUCCAGGAGCCACCUGUAUUCAGCUCACCUGACCUGCUCAGACACCAGGCUCCCAUGCAGGCGGAGCAGCAGAAGCUCGUGUCCACUCCAGGACUCGUAUGCAUCAGCCGGCCCAGACCGACCGCUCUUGGAACUAAAGCCGCUUCGAGGCCCCCCAGAGUCCCACCGGAGUUCUCUGAGGACAUAGAUCUGAUCCCAGUUUGCAUCCCGGGACCUCAGAGUACCAACGUCUUGUCACAUUCCACAUCAGAGCCUUCGUUCCCUCUCAGCUGUCCACAAAGUCCCCAACUUUGCCUGGACGCCUCUCCCAGCAAUCUGUCCAAUCCUAAUCUGACCCACAGUCUUAGUCCCAAACCGGAGCUGAGUCCUCAGUCACAGAAGAGCCUGUCCCCUGGGAGCUCCAGGCAGAGCCAGGUUCAGCCUGAACGAGCAGGAGGAGAGAACAACGACUUCAGGGUUUACAUCGUCACCUGGAACGUGGGAUCAGCCGUCCCUCCAGAUGACAUUACGACUCUGUUUGGACCAAACGUUUCAGAUGGUAGCGUUGACAUGUUCGUCAUCGGACUCCAGGAGGUCAACUCCAUGAUAAACAAGAGGCUGAAGGAUGCUCUUUUUUCAGACCAGUGGAGCGAGCUCUGCAUGGACACCCUCAGUCCUUUUGGAUAUGUUUUAGUGGCAUCCCAGCGCAUGCAGGGAGUGCUGCUGAUGGUUUUCUCUAAAUUCUGCCACCUUCCGUUCCUCCGAGGUGUGCAGACACAGAGUACACGCACUGGACUCGGAGGAUAUUGGGGGAAUAAAGGCGGCGUCAGCGCCAGAAUGACGGCGUUCGGUCACCCGGUGUGCUUCCUCAACUGUCACCUGCCGGCUCACAUGAGGCACCUGGAGCAGCGGAUGGAGGACUUUGAAAGCAUCCUUCAGCAGCAGCAGUUUGAGGGAGGAACAGCCACCGGCGUACUCGAUCACGAUGUCGUGUUUUGGUUCGGGGAUUUGAAUUUCCGUAUCGAAGAUUAUGACAUCCAUGUGGUAAAAUGUGCCAUCGACAGUAACAAGCUGCCUCUUCUGUGGGAGCGGGAUCAGCUCAACAUGGCUAAAAACACAGAGUCCAUCUUGGAGGGCUUCAUGGAGGGCUCACUCAACUUUCCACCUACCUAUAAGUUUGACGUGGGCACUCACACGUACGACACCAGCGCGAAGAAGAGGAAACCUGCGUGGACGGACCGCAUCCUCUGGCGCCUGCGCCGCACCGGUUCCCCGGUUCCCACCCACAAUGCAUCGCUGCAGAGGGGUCUCACCUCGUGGUUGGGUGGGGCGACUAAAGUAAUACAACACAAGUACCAGAGUCACGUGGACCUUACCGUCAGUGACCACAAGCCUGUUUCUGCUCUGUUUUCACUGCAAUUCCCGUUCAGGGUGGACAUGCCUCUGGUGGAGCUUCAGGCCAGCAGGGAGUGGUGCAAAGCAGCAGACGCCACGGUCAGAUUCACAGUGGCGCCAACAUAUCAGCGCAGCUCAUGGGACUGGGUUGCAAUUUACAAGGUUGGAUUCAGACAUUACAAAGAUUAUCAGGUGUUCAUGUGGGCCAAAGGAGAACAAGCUACUCAGGUGACGUUCCCAGAGGAUGAUUUACCAAGAGAUGAUUGUGAAUACAUCCUGGGUUACUACAGUAAUACCAUGAACAGUAUUGUUGGAUUGUCUUCCCCUUUACAGAUCAAGAUGCCCGUUCACAGCCCCACCGUGUGCCGCUCUGAAAGCUCCGACGUCAGCUCAGAAGACGACAGCACUUUAGUCCUUCUGGCUCCAAACUCCCGCAGCCCGAGCCCUAAAACGGGCAAACGCCAUCCCCGCCACCGUCGGAGCCGCAGCCCGGCUGUCCCCGCUCUCCCCUCCAACCCGCUCCCCGCCCUGCAGAGCCUCAGCCUCUGUCCCCGCCCCAAAGAGGGCCACGCCCCGAGCCGCCCGCCGUGCUCCGCUGCCAAGAAGGAGCGCCUGGUCUCGCCCGACGCCGUUCUGUCCCCCGUCAGCCCCCUCAGUCCUCGCAGCCCCGUGUCUCCGGGUGGUGGGGUGACCGCACCUGAAGCGCUGAUUGUAGCCAUCCUAGGUGAACACAGUCCCAUUCAGGUUAGCCCCACAGGCGUGAAACACAUCAGGAAGCUGGAGGAAACCGACAAACGGCGGAACAUAAAGAGUUAAAACGAGGACGAACACGGAGGACAA